AUGCCACAGCCUACUAGGCGCCAGACCUCCAAACUGCAAGGACAUAGUAUUAGCUUGAGUCUGCGAAUCGAGUUGGUGGACAACAUGAAUGACGACAGCUCCUUAGCACGGAGCGACGAGGCUCCACUUCCAGUGUCAGCGAUUCACAACGAAAAGAGCAAUGUGGACGCCACGAUCGAGCUCAAAGAGCGACUGCAGUCGGCAGAGAUGAACUGCUCCAGGCUAGAAGAGCUGUACCAGAAGUACAGACUUCGUUGGUUAGAGGAAAAUUAUCGGGCAAGAAUUUUAAAAGAACAUGCACCAGAUGGUCUCAGUACUUGCUCUCCCCCAUCAGAUCGCAUGGGAUGCGCCCUCUCCUACUCCAAGUACGUCGAAAACACGUUCGCUUAG